UUAUGUCGAUCUCUUUUAUGUGAAUGUGUGUCACACCUGGCAAAUUUGCGGAUUGCAGAGUACCAACAUGAUAUCUGCUUCAAAGGCCGAGAAAAGUUUUUAUUAUCAGUUAAACCCAGUUUCCACUCUUCCAUACUUGAAGCAAUCGGUGACGGAUUUUUGUUUGUUGCAAGGCUCAGCAAGACAACUUCGUCCCACAUUGGAAGUCGUCAUUAAAGAUGAAAGGCAAGAUCGGAAUGUACUUUCUGCUCAGCUCUG